AUUAAAACAACAAGAAGAAGCAGAAGAGUUUCACUUUCAGUAUCCAGUCCAUUGGAAAGGCAAACAAACAAACAAACUCAGCACCAGGCAGAAACGGUGACGUUAAUGUCACACAACAUGGACUGUUCACUAAACGAGUGUAAGUAAUUCCAGCAGAAGUGAUCAGCAUCUUCAGGACUCAGCUGUGUGUCCAUGAGCUGUCUGUGUAUACACUGAUAUUCAAACAUGGAGACCCCUGACCUGGACACAGAUAAUGUGAUUCCACCCUCAAAAAACCAUAAACUCCAGAGAAAGAGAUCAGACUCACCGGAACCCAGCUGUGUCUCCAUGAAGAGUGAUGCGUCUAUGCAUUCUCCUCUGUACUUUAAAAAUGGAAACCCCUCGUCUGGACACAGUAAACUACAGAGAAAGAGAUCAGACUCACCAGAACCCAGCUGUGUCUCCAUGAAGAGUGAUGUGUCUAUGGAUUCUCCUAAGAACUUUAGAGAUAGAGACUCCUCUUCUGUACACAGUGUUCUACAGAAGUCAGGAGACAGAAGAGAAAAGAACAUCACAGCUACAGCACACGACCCAGAACCUGCUGCUGUAAAUGAAUUCCAGAAAAUGUUCAAAUUAAAUCUGAUGAAGAAAUUUCAGUGUUUAAACGGAGUGAUGAUAAACCCGGAAAACCGAACACUCCUGAAUGAGUUCUACACAGAGCUGUACAUCACAGAGGGAGACAGUGGAGACGUCAAUAAAGAACAUGAGGUGAGACAGAUCAAGGCAGCAUCCAGGAGAACAAAAACAGAGGAAACACCAAUCAAAUGCAAUGACAUCUUUAAGCCAUUAUCUAAUCAAGACAAACCCAUCAAAACUGUGCAGACAAAGCCCUUAUCUAAAAAAGACAAACCCAUCAGAACUGUGCUGACAAAGGGAGUCUCUGGCAUUGGAAAAACAGUCUCUGUACAGAAGUUCAUUCUGGACUGGGCUGAAGGGAAAGCAAAUCAGGAUGUCCACCUCAUUUUUCCACUUCCUUUCAGAGAGCUGAAUUUGAUGAAGGACCAGAAACUGAGUCUGAUGGAUCUCCUUCAUGUCUGUUUUAAGGAGACAAAAGAAACAGAAAUGUCCAGUUUGGAAAAGGUUCUGUUCAUUUUUGAUGGAUUGGAUGAGUAUCGUUUUCCUCUGGAUUUCCAGAACACAGAGAGAGUGUGUGACGUAACUGAAUCAGCAUCAGUGCUUGUGCUGCUGAUAAACCUGAUCAAAGGGAAUCUGCUUCCCUCUGCUCUCAUCUGGAUCACCUCCCGACCCGCAGCAGCUGAUCAAAUCCCCUCUGAGUGUGUCCAUCGAGUCACAGAGGUACGAGGGUUCAGUGACCUACAAAAGGAAGAUUACUUCAGGAAGAGGAUCAGUGAUCAGAGCCUGGCCAAUAACAUCAUCACACACCUGAAGUCAUUAAGAAGCCUCUACAUCAUGUGCCACAUCCCAGUCUUCUGCUGGAUUUCAGCCACUGUUCUAGAGAGAAUGUUGGAUGAAGCAGAGAGUGGAGAGGUCCCCAAGACUCUGACUCAAAUGUACACACAUUUCCUCAUCAUUCAGACAAACAUCAUAAGAGAAAAGUACUCAAAGAAGCAGGAGAGUGGUGAAGAAAUGCUUCUCAAUCUGGGACAACUGGCUUUUGAGGAGCUGAAGAAAGGCAACCUGAUCUUCUAUGAGGAAGACCUGAGAGGGUGUGGCAUUGAUGUGAGAGAAGCAGCAGUGUACUCAGGUGUGUGUACUCAGAUCUUCAGAGAAGAGUUUGGACUUCACCAGAGUAAAGUGUACUGCUUUGUUCAUCUGAGCAUUCAGGAGCAUCUCGCAGCUCUCUAUGUGCACCUGACAUUCAUGAUGGAAAAGAAAAAUGUUCUUAAUCAGUUCUCUGACCAGUUGACUGAAGAAAUUACAAUCUCAGCUGUCCACAAGAGUGCUGUAAAUCAGGCCUUAAAGAAUGAGACUGGACAUCUGGAUCUUUUCCUCCGCUUUCUUCUGGGUCUCUCACUGGAGUCCAAUCAGAACCUCUUACAUACCUUAGUAACACAUACAGGAAGUAGCUCCCAGACAGGACAGAGCAACACAGUACAGUACAUUAAGAUGAAGAUUAAUGAAGAUCUUCCUACAGAGAAAUCCAUCAAUCUGUUCCACUGUCUGAAUGAACUGGGGGACAAUUCUCUAGUGGAGGAAAUCCAACUCUACCUGAAAUCUGGAAAACAAAGUGAACUCUCUUCUUCACAGUGGUCUGCUCUGGUGUUUGUCUUAUUGACAUCAGCAGAGGAACUGGAGGAAUUUGACCUGAAUAAAUAUAUCUCUACAGAUAAAAUAAGAGAUGAGAUUCUUGUGAAGGUGAUGCCUGUGAUUGCAGCAUCCAGAAAAGCAAUUAUCAGGUGUGAUACAAUUCAAGAACGUGGUUGGUCUGCUCUGGCCUCAGUGCUCAGCUCAGAAAUCUCCAAUCUGAGAGAACUGCAUCUGACUGUGGAUACACUGGAUCUGACUGGGAAUACACUGGAUCUGACUGAGAGUAAUCUAGGAGACUCAGGAGUGAAGUGUCUUUCUGCUCUACUGGAGAAUCCUCAUUGUAAAGUAAAAAAUCUGAGGUUGUAUGAUUGUGAUAUUUCAGAUGAAGGCUGUGCUGCUCUGGCUUCAGCUCUGAGAUCAAAACCCUCACACCUGAGAGAACUGGAGCUGUUUAUGAAUAAACUCGGAGACUCAGGAGUGAAGUGUCUCUCUGCUGGACUGGAGAAUCCUCACUGUAAACUGGAGAUACUGAAGUUGUGUGAUUGUGAUAUCUCAGAUGAAGGCUGUACUGCUCUGGCUUCAGCGCUGAGAUCAAACCCCUCACACCUGAGAGAACUGCAGCUGUCCCUGAAUAGACUAGGAGACUCAGGAGUGAAGUGUCUCUCUGCUGGACUGGAGAAUCCUCACUGUAAACUGGAGAUACUGAAGUUGGAGGAGUGUGAUAUCUCAGAUGAAGGCUGUGCUGCUCUGACUUCAGCUCUGAGAUCAAACCCCUCACACCUGAGAGAACUGGAUCUGUCUAUGAAUAAUCUAGGAGACUCAGGAGUGAAGUGUCUCUCUGCUGUACUGGAGAAUCCUCACUGUAAACUGGAGAUACUGAGCUUGCGGUAUUGUGGUGUCUCAGAUGAAGGAUGUACUGCUCUGGCUUCAGCUCUGAGAUCAAACCCCUCACACCUGAGAGAACUGCAUCUGUCUUCGAAUAGACUAGGAGACUCAGGAGUGAAGUGUCUCUCUGCUGGACUGGAGAAUCCUCACUGUAAACUGGAUAUACUGGGGUUGAGUUAUUGUGGUGUCUCGGAUGAAGGCUGUACUGCUCUGGCUUCAGCUCUGAGAUCAAACCCCUCACACCUGAGAGAUCUGAAUCUGUCUGGGAAUAAAUUAGGAGACUCAGGAGUGAAGUGUCUCUCUGCUCUGAAGAAUGAUGAACAUUACAAACUACAGUCACUGAUAUUUGAAUAUUAGACGACACACAUCUGAUCACUGAGUAAAACGACCUGUGAUCCCUGGACAAAAUUUCCUCAAUCCCAAUGAAAACCUGAGGGAUUAUUUGGAACAGCAGGUGAAAAACCACACGAACUCCAGCUGGACCCAAUCAGUGGAAGACGUAGCUGAAAUGGACAGGAACAGUUUCAUGGCAUUGGUGGGAUUCUCACCUGACAGGAUUAGCAUCUGAGGAGUUUGUGAAGAAGCCCCUGGGAGACUCAUUACAAGUCACAUUUCUCACUCUGUCCUUUAGUUGGUAUUUAAUAUAGUGUAGAUUUUUUGGUUCCAGGAUCAGAUCUAAUCUGUUCUUUAUUUUCUCUGAUAUCUGAUCCCCUUUUCUUUGCUAGUAUCAGCUGAUCAUACCCGGUAUGGGAUCAGUGCCAUCUCUAUUACUUAAGUAUACGCUAUUUGCAAUAUUUUGUGUAAUUGUGUCAGUCAAAUACAGUACAUUUUGAAGAAGUGAAUAUGUUGUAUCUUUGUAUUAGACUACAACUUGAGAAGAAUACAGUAAACACUCGGAGGUAAAGUUAACUUGUGUUUUAACCAGAGCAAGAGAGAGAAACAUAUCAAUGCGCAUGGCUAAUCACCAAUCAGAAAUCAAUGCUAAAGGGAGUGAUUCCACUUAAAGAAAUAGAUCCACUCUAAACACUACAGUCUUUAGUACUGCUGGAACAACCCCAGAUGGAAAAUGAUGGAAAGUGGGGAACGGACACAGAGCUUAUGUUGAACUUCAGGUUAUAAACCACAAUAAUGCCUCCACCUCCGCCAGAUAACCUCGGGAGAGUUAAUACUCCAAAUCCCGCUGGAGUGAUCUGGUUAAAUAGGAUCAUUUUCUUUAUGCCAGGUUUCAGUUACGAACAACAAGUCCAGCUUUUUAUCUGUAAGAAAAUCCGAUAAAAGCAGUGCCUUGUUAUUCACAGACCACGCUUUGAAUAAUGCGGCAUAAGCCAGGCUCUGAAGCGGCAGUGGUUUAAUCUCCACGUGCGGAACCGAUAUUAAAUUACUGUGAUCAACACCAGUAUGGAACAGUUUGUUGCUCUUACGUCAACCGGUAAAGAUGUUAGGAGAGGAUGAGACAGCAAAACUGCGUCUCAAAUAUGGACAUACAGUGAGGGAAAGAAGUAUUUGAUCCCCUGCUGAUUUUGUACGUUUGCCACUGACAAAGAAAUGAUCAGUCUAUAAUUUUAAUGGUUGGUUUAUUUGAACAGUGAGAGACAGAAUAACAACAAAAAAAUCCAGAAAAAUGCAUGUCAAAAAUGUUAUAAAUUGAUUUGCAUUUUAAUGAGGGAAAAAAGUAUUUGACCCCCUUGCAAAACAUGACUAGGUACUUGGUGGCAAAACCCUUGUUGGCAAUCACAGAGGUCAGACGUUUCUUGUAGUUGGCCACCAGGUUUGCACACAUCUCAGGAGGGAUUUUGUCCCACUCCUCUUUGCAGAUCUUCUCCAAGUCAUUAAGGUUUCGAGGCUGACGUUUGGCAACUAGAACCUUCAGCUCCCUCUAUGGGAUUUUCUGUGAGGAUUAAGGUCUGGAGACUGGCUAGGCCAUUCCAGGACCUUAAUGUGCUUCUUCUUGAGCCACUCCUUUGUUUUCCUUGGCCGUAUGUUUUGGGUCAUUGUCAUGGUGGAAUACCCAUCCACGACCCAUUUUCAAUGCCCUGGCUGAGGGAAGGAGGUUCUCACCCAAGAUUUGACGGUACAUGGCCCCGUCCAUUGUCCCUUUGAUGCGGUGAAGUUGUCCUGUCCCCUUAGCAGAAAAACACCCCCAAAGCAUAAUGUUUCCACCUCCAUGUUUGACGGUGGGGAUGGUGUUCUUGGGGUCAUAGGCAGCAUUCUUCCUCCUCCAAACACGGCAAGUUGAGUUGAUGCCAAAGAGCUCCAUUUUGGUCUCAUCUGACCACAACACUUUCACCCAGUUGUCCUCUGAAUCAUUCAGAUGUUCAUUGGCAAACUUCAUCAGGCAUGUAUAUGUGCUUUCUUGAGCAGGGGGACCUUGCGGGUGCUGCAGGAUUUCAGUCCUUCACGGCAUAGUGUGUUACCAAUUGUUUUCUUGGUGACUAUGGUCCCAGCUGUCUUGAGAUCAUUGACAAGAUCCUCCCGUGUAGUUCUGGGCUGAUUCCUCACUGUUCUCAUGAUUAUUGCAACUCCACGAGGUGAGAUCUUGCAUGGAGCCCCAGGCCGAGGGAGAUUGACAGUUCUUUUGUGUUUCUUCCAUUUACGAAUAUUCGCAUCAACUGUUGUCACCUUCUCACCAAGCUGCUUGGCAAUGGUCUUGUAGCCCAGUCCAGACUUGUGUAGGUCUACAAUCUUGUCCCUGACAUCCUUGGAGAGCUCUUUGGUCUUGGCCAUGGUGGAGAGUUUGGAAUCUGAUUGAUUGAUUGUUUCUGGCUCCCAGGUGUCUUUUAUACAGGUAACAAACUGAUAUUAUGAGCACUCCCUUUAAGAGUGUGCUCCUAAUCUCAGCUCGUUACCUGUAUAAAAGACACCUGGGAGCCAGAAAUCUUUCUGAUUGAGAGGGGGUCAAAUACUUAUUUCCUGACCUCUGUGAUUGCCAACAAGGGUUUUGCCACCAAGUACCAAGUCAUGUUUUGCAAGGGGGUUAAAUACUUAUUUCCCUCUUUAAAAUGCAAAUCAAUUUAUAACAUUUUCAACAUGCGUUUUUCUGGAUUUUCUUGUUGUUAUUCUGUCUCUCACUGUUCAAAUAAACCUACCAUUAAAAUUAUAGACUGAUCAUUUCUUUGUCAGUGGGCAAACGUACAAAAUCAGCAGGGGAUCAAAUACUUCUUUCUCUCACUGUAUGGUUUAGGACGUAGCACUCCAGCGUCUCAACAGAGUUUGUAAAAGUCUUUGGCUAGACAAUAAUAGCUCUGUUUUAAAUUCAGAAGCUGGCGUGUAGUGUACCUUAAGGCCAUGGUCAUUAAGUGCACACUCACAGCUGGACCGAGGUGUUGAUACUCCGGUGCGUACUAUGAGCACAAAGUCGUACAAUCCUCAUACUCUGCCCGACUGAGGCGUUGAUUCCCCGUUGCAUGCUGCAGGUUAUUCCAGGUGGAACACAGGAGUGAAAACAACCAUGGGCAUAACCACACAUUCUUUGUCGGGUCGGGUCAUGUCCCCCCCCAAUGUUGAGGAAAUACCAAUCUGUCCCCCCAAUAUACAGGAGAAAAUAUUUUCUAUGUCGUCCUUUAAUGAACCCUGCCAACGUAUCUGUCUUUUCUUCAUCUGUUCUAUUUAUUUAUGUCUAUUCCUUUUUAAUAUAUUUCCAAUUGUACACUUGGUUGCGCCCAUACUCAACGCAAGUUCGUUGAUAUAUUUUAGCAGCUCAGUCUGUAAGAAAUGAAGACAGCAGCCAAGUGUAGAAAAGUGCAACAGAACAUACAAGCUUUUUUCACAGAGUAAGUAACUAGAUACCUAAAUAGUAGGUAACCUUAGCUUAGUAUAGAAGGCAUCAUACCAGGGCUUGGUUUGUUCUGAAGAGCGUCAAUUAACUUUUGAUAUUUUCACACCCAGGAAGUAGGCUAGGCUAACGUCAGUUCCAGUUUUUGACCAUUAAUGUUACAUUCACUUGCAUAUCCUCCUGCCGAGUUCAUUGUGAACCCUCACGUUGUGACAAACUGUUAUAAUUGCGAGUGAAAGUGAGGAAAGUUGCACAGAAUUUUGUUCAUUUACACUACAUUUGGGCUAAGGACAACUAAGUGAUUUUACAAAUAUAAGGCUCAGCAUAAUGCUGAGAUGUGCUAGCUUGGCAACGAGAGAUAGGGAACUAUCGUCUGAGUUGUGGCCAUAUUGCAGUUAUCCAUUCAGAACUAGUUAUGGCAGUUUGUCUUUAGAAUUAAGAAAAGAAAACUCCAGUACCCUUUACAUAGCUAACGUUUCAGGUUACCACUAUAUAUUGUUGUACACUUUGUACACUUAUUACAUAGCAAGCUAAACAGCAUGAUGACAUUAACAUAAUAAAUGACACCAGUUACACAAACAGAAUAUCCAGUUUAUCAAAUUAAAAUAAUCAUCUAAGUCAGUCAUUGCUCUUCUGGGAAAAUAAUGGUACCUGGUCACAAUGCAGGCAGCACAGCAUUGCUUAGAAGCAUCCGUGGGGAAAUUGUAUUUACAACAUACAGUAUCUCAUAAAAGUGAGUACACCCCUCACAUUUUUGUAAAUAUUUGGUUAUAUCUUUUAAUGUGACAACACUGAAGAAAUGACACUUUGCUACAAUGUAAAGUAGAGAGUGUACAGCUUGUAUCACAGUGUAAAUUUGCUUUUCCCUCAAAAUAACUCAACACACAGCCAUUAAUGUCUAAACCGCUGGCAACAAAAGUGAGUACACCCCUAAGUGAAAAUGUCCAAAUUGGGUCCAAUUAAACAUUUUCCCUCCCUGGUGUCAUGUGACUUGUUAGUGUUACAAGGUCUCAGGUGUGAAUGGGGAGCAGGUGUGUUAAAUUUGGUGUCCUCGCUCUCACACUCCCUCAUACUGGUCACUGGAAGUUCAACAUGGAACCUCAUGGCAAAGAACUUUCUAAGGAUCUGAAAAAAAAUUCUUGCUCUACAUAAAGAUGGCCUAGGCUAUAAGGCUAUGGCCCAGUGUCCAUACUAUGGUUACGCCCUUGACCACCAGUACAGUACAGUACCAUCUAGGAGGUCAGAUUUUGACUGCCCCGCAUGCCUUAAGGUAGUGGUCACCAAACCUGUUCAAUAAAAACAGCAUUUUGCUAUUUUUGCUAAGACUAACCCUGGGUUUUAUAUGGCACAAUAAGUUAUAUGUGUAAUAUAAAGGUAUAUCAUUAAUAAUAUAUAUGCUAUAAAAAAAUAAACAAAUACUUUAUCUAUACUGUAUCCUAACACUACAAUAAACUAGAUAUCCUGUGUAGUAGAAGAUUAUACACUUAGUAGAAUCUUAUACAGUUGCCCAGGUCAUGCACUUUUUAGACGGUCUCUUAUUGACUCCAUUACUAUAAAGCGCGGAUGACCUGCGUUUCCGAAAAAUUGGCUUCCACGGGCUUUAACCUGUGUUCGUAGAAGUAAGCCCAAGUGGUGAGAAAAUGUAUAGCCUACAGCUAAAUAGUGAAAUUAAAUAAUGUACUUAUCAGUGUCUCAGGGUUAAACUGAACUCACUAAGGUCUUAAAAUGAUAGAAAGGAACUGUUGCGUGUGGUUGCUGAUUUUUUUUCUGAAGUUCACAGAAAGCAAGUGAGUUUUUGAUCAACUACAGGUAGUGAGGUUUGUGACGUGUUUAAAACGUCACCAUUAUUAAAUACGUGGCCAAUGAGCUAUCUCCCUACCAUAGUAUAUAAGCUUGUUGUUUAUGCCUCAUGGAGUGUGUCAUGGUCAAAAACCAGCCCCUUCCUUUCGUUGCUAUGGACUACGGAGGAAUGUGUUUUUAAGCUGUUUGAUGCUAGUGUUGUCCAGUCAUAUCAUGCGAUGUACUUCUUUAUUGUGACGUUGGGCUAUCGUGUGUGUGUGUGUGUGUGUGUGUGUGUGUGUGUGCAUGUGCGCUGCUCACUCUCAGUGCGGUGUGCCAUCAGGGCUUCCCCCUGUGCAGCAUGGCAGUUUAAGUAGCCCAGGUCGGAGCACCAGAUGUUGCUGUUGUAGCUAUUAAAGAAGCUAUCAUAUGAUUUCUGUAAGUGCCAUCAUGAGUAUUAUGUCAUCGGGUCACUGUAGGUAAAUUGUUAUUUUUUUUAAUAAGAGCUAAAUGAUCUACUAUGCUUCCCAAAUUGACAUUUUAACAUGUUUGUUGUUCUUAGGGUGCUUUUUUUUUGCAUGUGUCUAAUGCCCACGUUGGUGGGAAGGUUCCUCCCCUUUUUUUUGCCGUAUUGGUAUUAAUUUUUGUUCCUUUGCUUUAUUUUUUGUGGGCACAGCUUUGUGCUGGUUAUUGUCACUAGCUCAGUUUUCUUGAGUACGACUGUGUUGUAACAGUCUUUAUCAAUCGUGCUGAUACCACCAUGUAGUGAGUUUGGUCAGCUGUUGCUGUCCUUCUUGCCUGCCCUUCAUACAGGAAGUCUCAGUCGUCCUAUGAUGAUUAUUGUUAAUUCCUUCUUGUAUUUUUUUAAUUCGACCAAUGACUGUUGAUUGUGUUGGUUUCUGGUUUUAAAUCAUUCUUGGCCAGUUUUUUUUUAUUUUUUUUUAGCUUUAGUAAAAAAUAUUUUUGUAUGGAAACCCAUGCCUCUUGCCUUUUCUAAGUGGAUUAUAGUUGUGUGCCUUUGUUUGGGUUGUUUUCCCCGCUUCCUCAGGCUGACGUAGUCAUUACAAGCGAGUCACUUGCUACAUACAUUUCAAUGCAGCAUUCACGUGGCAGUGGAGGGUGUGGUCAAGCUGUGACGGAGUUGUGGACUGGGGUUCUACAAGUCAUUUCACUCCGUCAGCACUGUGUAUCAUUUAUCAUUCAUCUUUAUUAAGUGCUUUAUCCUGGUCAGGGUCACGGUGGACCUGGAGACUAUUCCUGGAAAACUUUUGAACAAUUGUAUAAUUCACAAUAAACUUAUCAAUGCCCUCUUCGGUCCCAAUGGACCUGUACACAGUCUUCCCAUAAGCGGCAAGGAAUUCCCAGGGAUCUAUGAGCCUA